CGUUGCUUGUUUUUACAGAUCAUGCCUGAGCUGGCGAAGUCCGCUCUGGCCCCGAAGAAAGGCUCUAAGAAGGCGGUGACCAAAGCGCAGAAGAAGGAUGGCAAGAAACGGAAGCGCAGCCGCAAGGAGAGCUACUCCGUGUACGUGUACAAGGUGCUGAAGCAGGUCCACCCGGACACUGGCAUCUCGUCCAAGGCUAUGGGCAUCAUGAACUCGUUCGUCAACGACAUUUUCGAGCGCAUCGCGGGCGAGGCGUCGCGCCUGGCGCACUACAACAAGCGCUCGACCAUCACGUCCAGGGAGAUUCAGACGGCCGUGCGCCUGCUGCUGCCCGGGGAGUUGGCCAAGCACGCCGUGUCCGAGGGUACCAAGGCUGUCACCAAGUACACCAGCGCCAAGUAAAUUUGUCAAGUUAUUUUUAGAUUAACCCCAAAGGCUCUUUUAAGAGCCACUAAGUUGUCAGUAUUAGAGCUGAAAAUACGAACUCUGAAUUUAUAAAGUUCUAGCGAUAACGUGAGGUAUUGAGAAUUCCAUUGUACUGAAUCACACGUACUGUGGUCGUAAAUUGCCUCUGAAUAGGAGGAAACCAAUUAUACUACCAAGUGCUUCAGUAACACGGCCCUUAGAUCUGGUAAGUUAACACGUGAACACAAAGAGAAUCAUUCCUGUUUCGGGGGUCUUCUGUGUGAAGUACAGUGGCUUCCUGUUUAAGCCUUAACAGCCUCUGUCACGUGUCCUUUUUUUCUCCACCACUAGUGUUCUAAUGUGCAUUUAUGUGUUAGUAAACUUGGUCUCCAAUGACCUCCUAAAAUGCAGCCUUUUAACUCAGCAGUUAUCUCGUCCAGCCCAUUUGGGGUCAGGACAAUGCUAGAACUCUGCGCCGCCCUCCCCGCCCCCCCGCACCCCCCACCCUCACCCCCAGCCAGGAGGAACAAAGUCUGCAAGGCAAAGAGAAACAUGUCUUCAGAGUAAAGGUAUGUAAUAUGAGGGCUCACAAAAAAGAUCUUAUGUGGCCAAUUUACUAGUUUUUAAAAAACAUACGGCUAGAGAAACAAGUAACAGAUGGGUGGUAAAAUGGGGAAAAAUAAGGUCAUAUCCCUCACCCGACAUUAAGAAAUAUAAAGGACUGGAGGGAGAUUUUAGAGUUGAGCCUGAGUCCAGGCCUCUGGUCUCAUAAAACUCAGGCCUCCAGACAAAUCCAACCCGCAGCCGAGAAGCUAGUUGGAGGCCCCACCCGUGCCCGGGGGAAUCUUGCCCCGCGAUCACUACUGUGCUCAGUCCAUUUCCCACACCCUAGAGUUAACUAUGUGAACUGUCUUGAGCGAUCCACUUUAAAUGGUUUAAGACACCAGC